UCGGUCUGCCCGCUCAGUUCAUCCCAAGAAACAGCUGCUCCAGGCCUGCAGGAAGCCUUAGACCCCAGUCCUACCCCAGACAGAAAAACUGAGGCCCAGAGAGGGACAGAAAUCUACCCCAAGUCACACAGGAACUUGUGUGACAGGAACCAGGCCAGAACCCAGGAACAGAAGUGCCAUGCAGUCCCGGGUCCUUCUCGUCACUGCCCUCCUGGCGCUCCUGGCCUCUGCCCGAGCCACAGAGGCGGAGGACCCCUCCCUCCUGGGCCUCAUGCAGGGUUAUGUCCAGCAUGCCACCAAGACCGCCCAGGAGACGCUGACCACCGUGCGGGAGUUCCCAGUGGCCCGGCAGGCCAGGGAGUGGGUGAGCGACGGCUUCAGCUCCCUGAAAGACUACUGGAGCACGUUCACGGGCAAGUUCUCCGGGUUCUGGGACUCGACCUCCGCGGUCAGACCAACGCCAGCCUCUGAAGCCUGAGACCCUGACGCACCACGUCGUCCUGCCCGUCCGUCCUGCCGCCUCCGUGGGCCGGCCCGGAGUCGCCGGAAAGUGACAGCACUCUCUAACCCUAACCACCCCGCCCCCAAGUCCCCUGCCCUUCCAAUAAAGCUGAUGGAGGCCGCCGCGAGCGGGGCGUCGCA